ACAGCGCUAAAACUCAGCAGAUUAAGAAUCAAAGAGAGUAAAGCAGCUCCGUUAGCUCGAUAUUUAGCUCGGUGUUUGUAGGAUAGUUGUUUACAGUAACGGGUUAUCUGUCUGCUAGCUUCCAGCAUGGCUUACCAGCUGUACAGGAACACCACGCUGGGAAACAGUCUGCAGGAGAGUCUGGAUGAGCUCAUACAGACUCAGCAGAUCACUCCUCAGCUGGCUCUGCAGGUUCUCCUUCAGUUCGAUAAAGCCAUCAACACAGCGCUCGCCAACAGAGUCCGUAACAGAGUCAACUUCAGGGGCUCUCUGAACACCUACAGGUUCUGUGACAACGUGUGGACGUUUGUUCUGAAUGAUGUGGAGUUCAGGGAGGUCACUGACCUGGUGAAGGUUGACAAGGUGAAGAUCGUCGCCUGUGACGGAAAGAGUGAGUCGUCCUCAACGUUCGUCUGAUUUUAUGUUGUGCCAGGUGAUGAACCGCAGAUUCAGGCUCCAACGCUGCAGAGUGAUGAUGUCACACACGGACCUGGACUGUACAUAUAAUUUAUUACAGCAGAGUCACACAGAGAGAGAGAGAGAGAGAGAGUGAGUGAGUGUGUGUGUGUGUGUGUGUGUGAGAGUCAGAGUGUGUGUGUGAGUGAGAG